AUGCUCGAAGAAUAUGAAAGAGACACAAAUCCAGCAAUCACUAUUACAAGUAAUCAAUUCAAAGUAAUGCCAGAAUGGGACCAAAGAGAAGUAUUAAAUAAAUUAUUAUUAGAAGCAAAUAAUACACAAAAUGAAGAAGCCAGAAGAGCAAUACAAGAUAAAUACAGAGACUUGCUUGCAACACAAUUAAAAACAAAAGGUCAAAUGAUAAUUGAUAAAAAUAUUGAAAUACAAUUAUCAAAAAACCAGUUACAAAUACGAACUAAACCACCAUCUCCAAGACUAGAAUUACCCAAAACAGGAUAUAAAAAAGAAUAUCAAUAUUCUGAAUCUCCAAGAUUACUACCAAAAUCACUAACAGUUUCUGAUAAAUCAUCAACUAAUCAAACAAAUGAUAGUGAUGCUUCUGAAAAAAAAAGAUGGAUACUAUCAAUAACUGAAAGAUUAAGAUCAGGAUCCUCAAAACAACAUAUUCAUAGCCCUAAAAAACCAUCAAGUUUAAGAAACUCUGUGGAUCUUACAAAUACUCCAGAUAUAGUAUUACUAACACCAAUACCAAUUCAAACAAAUCAACAAAUUCAACAACCAAAUAGAAAUUCAAAAAGACCUAUAGAUAGAAAACCUCAACAAAUACAAAUACAAUCUACCUUUAAAGGACAACCUUAUACAGUAUACUUAUCACCAGCAUGGAAUCAACCACUUGAAAUCUAUACUGAAAAUCAACCACAAGCUUCAGUAAAUACAGAAAUAAGUAUAUCACGAGAUGAAAGUGAUAAUGAGAGCUUAACUAAAGAACAACAAGAAUUUCUAGAGAAAAUGGAUGAAAAAGUACAAGAGCAUAUAAAAAACAAUAAUCUUCAUAUAUAA